GUAAUGGCGCGUAGUGUGAUUUCAGGAAAAAGUGAUGUAGUAAUGGAAGGUGAUGAAAGCGAGGAUGAAAUUUUUGUAGGGCGGCUGCAGAAGAAGGAGCUUUUGAAACUCCGUGUUGCAGGGAAUAAAAUACCUACAGCGUGCAGAUAUCCAGUAGUUACUUCUGUCGAGACAUCAUAUUCAGGUUCAGAUGCAAUAAAUAACAAUGAACUGUCAGAAAACAUUAGGUCAACAUCUACAGUGCAUCAAAAUGAAACAUUAUUACAUAAAUGUGACAUUAAAAUACAAAAACAGUCUUCAUGUGAAGAUAAAAGUCAAUGUACCACUACUGAGAACUUAAUAAGAAACUACAACAUUAAUGAAGGAUCUGUAGUGGUUGGAGGGCACCUUUCACUACAAGCUGAAGUUGAUGCCACUGUAAAUAAGAGUGUGGAUGAAAAUAUUAAUACGAAUGUGGAAUGUGUGCUUUGUGAUUACAAGCUUACAUUAACAGAUAGAUCAGAGGGAGCCAACCAAACUGAUACAGUUACAUUUGAAAUUAUGACUACAGAUGUAAACCCAACGAACUCUCUUCAUCCAGAUGUUCUUGAAAAUCUUCAGUUAUUAAAUGACACUGAAUUGUCGGAAGAGAUUACUUCAACAUCGUCAGUACAUCAAUCAAAAACCCAAUUGCAGGAGUUUGUUCCAGGAAAACUAGAACAAUCUUUGGAUGAGGAUAAUAGUCAAAAUUUGUUUUGUGAAAACUUGAUGAAGAACUGCAACGAUACUGAAAGAUGUGUAGUGGGCAGCAGGCAUGCUUCACUACAAACUAAAUAUGUUGACACUGAAAAUGGGAGGGAAAAUGGACAUAUGGGCACAAAUGUGACCUGUCUGAUUUCAGCAGACAGAUCAGAUGGAGACAACAAAAUGUCUGCUGAUGUUCACUCAACAAACUCCCUUCUGCCAGAUGUUUCUGAAAGUUUUGAGUUGGUAAGUGACAUUGGAUUGUCAGGAGAGAUUACUCCAGCAUCUUCAUUACAACAAUCUGAAACCCAAAUGCAGGAAUUUGUGACAGGAAGACCGGAAAAAUCUUCAGAUGACAAUAAAAGUCAAGAUUCACAUUGUGAAUACUUGAUGAAGAACUGGAAUGUUACUGAAAGACUUGUAAUGGACAGCAGGCACACACCAUUACGAACUGGAACUCUUGACAUUGAAACUAAGAGGAAAAAUGGAGAUAUGGAUGCAAAUGAUGGUGGUAUUAUCUGUGAUGAGAAGUUAAUGUCAGCAGACAUAUCAGAUGGAGACAACCAAAUGUCUAUGGCUUCGUUUGAGGAUACGACUGUUGAUGUACAUUUGAGCAACUCUUUUCUGCCAGAUGACGUUGAAAAUGUUGAGUUAUUAAGAAACUCUGAGUUGUCGGAAGAGAUUACUUCAAAAUCCUCAGUGCAUCAAUCAAAAACCCAAUUGCAGAAGUUUGUUCCAGGAAGACUAGAACAAUCUUUGGAUGAGGAUAGUAGUCAAAAUUUGUUUUGUAAAAACUUGAUGAACUGUAAUGUUACUGAAAGAUGUGUAGUGGGCAGCAGGUAUGCUUCAUUACAAACUGAAUAUGUUGACAGUGAAAAUGGGAGGGAAAGUGGACAUAUGGACACAACUGUGAGUGGCAUGCUGUGUGAUGAGAAACUGAUGUCAGCAGACAGAUCAGAUGGAGACAACCAAAUGUCUGCUGAUGUUCACUCAACAAACUCUCUUCAGCAGGAUGUUUCUGAAAGUGUUGAAUUAAUAAGUGACACUGAGUUGUCAGAAGAAAUUAUUUCACUCCCUUCAGUACAUCAAUCAAAAACCCAGUUGCAGGCGUUUGCCAUAGGAAGACUAGAACAAUCCUGGGAUGAGGAUAACAGUAAAACUUCAUUUUCUGAAAACUUCACAAAGAAUUGCAACAUUACUGAAAGCUCUGUAAUGGGCAGCAGGCAUGCUUCAUUAGGAACUGUAAAUGUUUCCACUGAAACCAAGAUGGCAAAUGGAAGUAUGGAUACAAAUGUGGGUGGCACGCUGUGUGAUGAGAAACUAAUCUCAACUGGCAGUUCAAAUGGAGAAAAGAAAGUGUCUGUGGUUACAUCUGAGAGUGUGACUGUUGAUGUACAUUCAACCAACACCCUUCAGCCAGUUGUUUCUGAAAGACAUGAAUUAAUAAACAACCAUGAGCAGUUGGCUGAAGCUUCAGUGCUGUGUGGCACACGCAUUUCCUUACCAACUGGAAAUGCUGACAUUAUUACUAAAAAAGCAGAUGGAAAUACUACCACAAAUGUGAUUGCUGUGCUUCAUCCUAAAGUGAUUAUAUCAGCAGACCAAUCAGGAAGAGGAAACCAAAUUACUGCUGUAAUAUCUGAGAAUUUAAAUUUACAAUCAUCUGCCUCCCCUCACAUAAAGGGUUUUGAUAGUGAUUGUGAUGAUGCAAGUAUCGACCCAGAGUGUGUGUUUCAAUCAGAAGUGUCGGCUAUAGUACGGGAUAUUAAUAAUUUGGAGAAGUAUGAAACAUAUUCUUCACCUGCAUCUGAAACUUGUGUUUUGGACAGCAGGACCUCUUCAGAUGUUUCAGGGGUGAUGUAUUGUUUAAACGAAUACAGUUCCUCAACUGAUGAAGAUAUUUUUGAAAACACUUUUGAAAUGAUGGAAAAACUGUUGAAUGGUUUUGAAAUGAAGCCAGACUGUGCCUGUGAAGUGGAGGCAGGCAGUGGACAUGCAUAUGAAAUGGAGCCGGACUGCGUGGCGGGUGCGCGCGAUGCGGAGCCGGACUGCGUGGCGGGUGCGCGUGAUGCGGAGCCGGACUGCGUGGCGGGUGCGCGCGAUGCGGAGCCGGACUGCGUGGCGGGUGCGCGCGAUGCGGAGCCGGACUGCGUGGCGGGUGCGCGCGAUGCGGAGCCGGACUGCGUGGCGGGUGCGCGCGAUGCGGAGCCGGACUGCGUGGCGGGUGCGCGCGAUGCGGAGCCGGACUGCGUGGCGGGUGCGCGCGAUGCGGAGCCGGACUGCGUGGCGGGUGCGCGCGAUGCGGAGCCGGACUGCGUGGCGGGUGCGCGCGAUGCGGAGCCGGACUGCGUGGCGGGUGCGCGCGAUGCGGAGCCGGACUGCGUGGCGGGUGCGCGCGAUGCGGAGCCGGACUGCGUGGCGGGUGCGCGCGAUGCGGAGCCGGACUGCGUGGCGGGUGCGCGCGAUGCGGAGCCGGACUGCGUGGCGGGUGCGCGCGAUGCGGAGCCGGACUGCGUGGCGGGUGCGCGCGAUGCGGAGCCGGACUGCGUGGCGGGUGCGCGCGAUGCGGAGCCGGACUGCGUGGCGGGUGCGCGCGAUGCGGAGCCGGACUGCGUGGCGGGUGCGCGCGAUGCGGAGCCGGACUGCGUGGCGGGUGCGCGCGAUGCGGAGCCGGACUGCGUGGCGGGUGCGCGCGAUGCAGAGCCGGACUGCGUGGCGGGUGCGCGCGAUGCAGAGCCGGACUGCGUGGCGGGUGCGCGCGAUGCAGAGCCCAACUGUGCACGACCCUGUCAACUGAAGAUAAACUCUGCUGAUAAUUUGGAGAAUGUAAAGUUUGAUGUUAAAUCCAUAAAAAGUGUUCAAAGAGAAUCACGUUGUGAAAGAUUCUUAAACAGAAGAGCCUCUGGGAAUAGUUUCUAUCAAGCAAGAUGUAGCAAAACACCAAAAAGAGAUGGAUCAACGCAGAAAAUGCCAAAAAAUAAGAUCUUACCACAGUCGGCUGGGUCAUUACGGAAAGGAAAACUACAGUCUGUGAAAAGUUGUGUUAAAGAGUAUCUGAACUCUACCCAACCUCCACUGUUUUCAAAUGUGAGAAAUAGAAAUGGUUAUGGAAUACAUCAGAAAGUAUUACGUUCCCCAAUGAAUGCGAAGAAGGUAUCACAAGAUUGCAGUACUCCCUGCAAGUCCAAGAAAAUAAUCCUUCCUCCAGUUACUUACACAAGUUCAUCAGCUGCUAAACUGGAUUUAAGUAAAUCAACAUCAGCAAACUAUGUUGCAGAGAAAUGUAAAAGGAAAAUAGUUCCUCGAUCAAGCCCAACUGUCAUUAAACAUACAGGCCGUACAGUUCUACCUACGAAGCAAUGGAAACAAAAUGGCGAAUCAGAAGGAGAGGUUUCAGUUUUGCUUACUUCGGAAGCCGUUCGUUCAAAUACAUUGAAAAGCACAAGGAAGAAGAAAUGAAGAUCAUAUUUUACAGAUAUUAAGAAUAGAUUUCUUUGUGUGUGUGUGUGUGUGUGUGUGUGUGUGUGUGUGUGUGUGUGUGUGUGUGUGUGUGUGUGUGUGUGUGUGUGUGUGUGCGUGCGUGUGUGCGUGUGCGCGCGCGCGCGCGCGCGCUUUAAGAAGAAUUUUGUCAUUUUUGUUUUUUAUUUAUUUUUUUCAUUCUUGAUUUUUGUCUUAUUUC